AUGUACUCUAUCUCUAUUCAAAUGAUUUUCCUAAAUUAUAAUAAUAUUUACGCACAAGUGCUUGUGGUUCUUGCAAGAAAUGGUAGAAGAUUUCCAGGAAAAGGAUUAUUGAAACGAAAUAUUAAACGAAGACGAUAUAUAAUUUAUAUAUCAACAAAUCAAAUUUGGAAUAGGAUUUCAGCUCAACGAAAUACCUUAGCUGAAAAUUCUAACCUUAUCAAUCAAGACCUCAUGACCCGUAUGACGAAUAAUAAUAAUAAUACUCUUCUUGACAGAAUUUCUCAAAUAACCAUACCACAAGAAACUAAUAAUACCUUUGAAGAUAAUUUUUUUAACGGGACAAGUUUUGCCGAUAACAACGACCGCCAGGAUCCGCUUCUAUGUUCCUUUGAAUGCUGCAUAACAAUUGAUGCCUUCUCAGGAGCAUAUGAGAAACGUAGCUGCAAGUGUCCCAUGUUUUAUGGAUUGGCCUUCCAACAGUUCAUAUUUAAAAUUUAUGCGCUAUUGUUAAGAGAAGCAGCAGCACAAAAAUAUCGGGAUUUAGAGAAGGAGGAAUGGUCAAAAUUAUUAAAAAUUUAG